CGAAAAACCCGCGAUCGGACAAGGUCUCUUCUCGGCGGGCCGCCGUCGCCGCGGCAACGCCUCGGAGUCGCCGCGCCGUUCGCACGGGGAAGCCGCGCGGCGGCCGCGACUCCUUCGACGUGCUGCGAGCCGCGGUCGCCAGUCGUUUUUGCACCGAGGCGCCCGUGCAGUCGGUACGAUUCUCGAGCACCGCGGAACGCCGGAGAGUCCGGAAGUAUACGCGGCCCCGUUUGGCUAUUUUAGAGUGUUUCGACGAGACAUUGAGAAUCUUCAGGCGGCGCCGAACCGAUAGGCGAAGCCUAAACAUCCACCACAAAGGAAUUCCUAUCGUUUCGCCCGGAGAAAAAGACGGAUUGCCAAGUAGAAAAAUAUCCUUUUUACCGAUUUUCGCCGGCCGCUCGAUAAAUGACAAACGAUUUUCAUCAUCCACAUGGCAGCCCUUCAGCACGUGAAUCUAUGGCAAGACGGUUGCGGAACCCUCAAACAAAGACCCCCAAAAAUUGGAGAUAUUCCCAGGCACGCGGCGGUGGAGGUCGACCUGAAACCGGCCGAACCGAGCGCCCAGCAGCCCUUCCCGGUCUCCUACCAGCCGCUCUACGAUGGUGAGCGAAUGAGAUCGGAGACCAAGCGGCCCGACGAUGACCAGCGCGCCCGUUCGCCGGGCGCCAAGGCCGCCGGCGACCGCCAGCGGGCGCCGCUAGCCGCCCAACGGCCACCCCAACCUGUGAUAACUAAUAACUUAGUGCCUUCCCACGUCGAUGCAUUGCCCGAGGGCGAUUCCAGCGCGACGACGGUCCAAACUAAACUUUUGGGUGGUUCGGGUAAUUUACUUUCGAAUUCGCCCUACGGUAGUCCGACGAACAGCCCUAGAAGUAGCAGGAAAAGACAACCUUUGAGGGAAUCCCGGCGAGUGAGCAUAGAGAAGUCUGGGAUGUACCUUCAGCUCAACCAGUACAGACUAUUAGACAGCAUAGGGCAGGGUUCUUACGGCAUAGUUAAAUUGGCUUAUAACGAAGAAGACGACACGCAUUACGCGAUGAAGAUCCUGUCGAAGAAGAAGCUGCUCAAGAAGGCCGGAAUGUUCGGCCGGUUGCCGCCGGCGCGGAAGGACUCCCGCUCGAACUCCUCGCCCGUCAACCAUCCGUUCCAGAAAGUCUACCGCGAGAUCGCCAUACUGAAGAAACUCGACCAUCCCAACGUGGUGAAACUAGUGGAAGUGCUCGACGACCCCGUCGAAGACCACCUCUACCUGGUGUUCGAGCUCCUCGAAGGCGGCCAGGUGCUCGAAGUCCCCACCGACACGCCGCUGGACGAGCACACCGCCUGGACCUACUUCCGGGACGUCGUCCUCGGCAUCGAGUACCUUCACUACCAGCGGAUCAUCCAUCGCGACAUCAAGCCGGCGAACCUGCUGCUGAGCGACGCCGGUCGCGUGCAGAUCGCCGACCUGGGGGUGUGCAACGAGUUCCACGGCGCCGACGCUUUCCUCUCCACGACGGCGGGCACGCCCGCCUUCACGGCGCCCGAGGCGCUCAGCGAGAAAAACGAAGCCGGAUUUAGCGGGAAGUGCACGGAUAUUUGGUCGAUGGGGAUCACUCUCUACGCGUUCCUCUACGGCAGGGUGCCGUUCUACGACGACAACAUCGUCGGUUUGUAUUCGAAAAUCAAAAGUCAGCCAGUCGUCUUUCCAGACACACCUUCCAUUAGCGACAAUCUCAAGGACCUCAUCAAGAAGAUGCUGCUGAAGGAGCCUUCGCAACGGCUCACCUUGCCGGAAAUAAAGGUGCACCCGUGGGUGACCCGUCGCGGGCAAUGCCCUCUUCCGUCGGAAGAAGAAAAUUGCCAUUUGGUCGAAGUCACCGAAGAGGAAGUGGCCAAAGUCAUCACUUCGAUACCGAAGCUCGACACUUUGAUUUUGAUCAAGCACAUGCUCAAAAAACACUCCUUUCAGAACCCGUUCCUGCACCGCCGCGACACGACGGUGGUGCCGGCGGUGUCGCACUCGAGCUCGGUGUCGACGCCGGCGCGGCGGCACAUCGGCCAGUCGGGCCGGUCGAACUCGGCGCCGGGCAGCUACGACUGGCACCACGCCAAGCAGCUGAGCGUCGAGACGAGCCUGGAGCGCGUCGAGGAGAUCAUCAACGGCGACGAGGGAUCGGCGAACGGCGACAGGCCGGAGGAGAGGCGGUGAUAGAGGCGGUGCUCCUGGUCUCGUUCGCUGGAGGCUUGCUUCAGCGAGUGCUGCUUCCAAUAGUCUGUCGUUCAAGAGUAUAGACGGGUUGUUGGGAGGAUGCUUGGUGAAUGUUUGGGGGUGUAAAUGUUUGCUGUUGUACCCCUGAUAUCGGCAAACGAGGCCAGUGCAGAGCGGGUAGUAAUCGGAUGAAUCUUAUGUUUGAACGUAAUUUUUUUGUCUGUGAUUUAUACAAUUAAUAUGAUUUUUUUAUGAAUCUCAUAGAUGAUGAAAAGUAGUGUGUGAAACAUGAUGUUUUUUACGCAGAUUAUUCUCCUAAUAUUUUUGUAUGAUGUUUAUAGAACGAUGAUGCCGCGGUGUAUUGAAAUAUCGCUAAGUUGUUCGUUUUUAUUUCGAAAUAAAUAUUUUGUUUAUUUUUUAUUUAUUUUAAUUUUUUUACGGUACUUCCAUUAAUUAUCGUUUUCGAGAUCUAGGUAAACAUUUUUGAAGUGCAUUAGGAAAGGAUGUUUGCGAGGCAUUGCAUCAAAAAUAUGUGAAAAAUAUCAGCGUGCUUUCGUUAGAAAACUUUACAAUUUCUAAAUUAAAUUGUUGCGGGACCAUAGCAUUUGUGUAAAUAAGGUUUAUUUGAAGAGGUAGGCACUUUAUUUGAUUAUUUCAAUAUAAAAAUAUGUAUCUCUUCAAACGGAUUGUUAAAUCAAUGUACUGUUAUACACGAUAAAAACUUUGUGGUGUGUACAUGGUGUAUUUUGCUAUAAAAUUGUGUAUGCAUGUUAUCCUAUAGAAGAAUAUAGUUAAUUAUACAUAAUAAUAAAUUAGGCACAUUUUUUCGAACUAACUUCCUCAAAAUGUGUCUAAAAUAAACGAUUUUUCAUGCGAUAAUUGAAAUUUUCUCAUAUAAUACGCACAAUUAUUAACCACGCGUGUUUCUACUGUUAAACUCUGAAAAUUUCCAAUUAUCUCUGCAUAAAUUUUAACAUUAUUGAAAUUUGGCCUUCUUAUAAGAUAUUCCUAUUAAACUUUUAUCCAAUGCAUGACGAGAAACUUCCCCAUUUAACUGUAUAAUGGAAUUUUACACCUAUUAUAACGUAAAGAGCACCAAAUUUUUACAAUUUUGCACGUUAUUUACGUUAUUACAGUAGAUUUAAAGUAUCUAAACUGUUACAGAAAAAUGUUUUCUGGACUAUUUGAAUUAAAUUUUUUUAAAUACGAA